CCUGGGGAAGGGAGCAAGACACUUUGAGGAUGAAUUUUGACCAGAAGGCUGUGAAAUUCCUGGCAAAUUUUUACAUCAAUGGAGGCAAACACUGGACCCAUGGCCCCCUGAAGCAGAAGACACUUGUGCCAUACCAGCCCAAGGCCUGUGUCUUGUUGCUGGGCCCCCCGCCAGGGGCCGCCUGGGAGGAGAUGUGGACCCCUGGAGGGCAGGAGUUCCCACCUGGCCUCGGGAUGCAAAUGAGUCCCUCCCAGGAGCGUCCCCCUAUCUGCACCCAGAACCUGAAGGAGCUGUUACUGGAGCGGCGCCCACCCAUCCUGACCGACCUGCAGAUCCCCGGCCCCACCAAGUACCAGGUGCCCGAUGCUUCAAUACGCGAGUGCUCCCCACAUCCCCACUUCAGCAUCGGCCGCAAGCACUCCACCCGCGAGGGCGGUGGCCGCAGGGCGUGGCAGACAGCGUGGUUCCAGAGCGAAAGCCCCUUCACACAGAAAGCCGACUUUAACCAAGAGCAAAAGUGGCCAUCGCCCGCGGACUAUCAACCACUCAGCCGGCCUGCCUGCCCGGCCUUCAGCUUUGGGGGCCGCCGCCCCGCCUCCGAGACAGUUGAGGCCCGCUCCCGGCCGGGGCUGCUGCGGGCCGGGGGUGCGGGUUACCGUGCCCAGCCCCGGCUCCAGGCCCCUCCUCAGGCCCCGGGGGGCGAGAAGCGCCCAGGCCCCAACACCUACGACAUCUCUCCUGGGUGCCGGCUGCAGAGCCACCGCCCGCCCGCCUUCUCCAUGAGCCGUUCACCUGCGUUCGCCUCCUGGCCCACACUCCCGGCCCAGCUGCCUACCAUGUGGAGGAUUGCUAUAACUCGCGCUUCCCCUCAGCACCUGGGGUGGUCAUCCAGGGCGUGCGAAGACCCAAGCGCCAUGACACAGGACCCUUCUGCACGCUGUAGCCCCUGCUGGGCUCAGCCGGCCGGCCGGUUAUCCACGGAACCCUGGUCUCCCCGGGGGGCCCCAGCUUGGCCUUCUGACUCUCUGGGCGCCUCUGAUGCCCCCUCCUGGCCGGCCCAUCCCUCUGUGAGCUGCGGACAGCAAGGAGGGCCCAGCCGGAAGCCCUCACCUGCCCACCCCCUUGCCACACAGAGAUGCUGUCGUUCUUUCCAGCUCUGUUGUGUCUUUCGUGAGCUGUCCCACGGAUGUGGCCUGCUGCUGACCUGCCACGUUUGGCUUUCCUCAGCCAGGGGUCUCCCUUUGCUUCCCCUUCAGUGCUCUCUUCUCUAGGACUGGUGCAGCUGCCAGCCCACCCAAAGCCUGCCCAGCCACCAGAGAGGACCCAGGGGACCAGCUUGCCAGGGCCUGGCUCUACAUCCUUCAGCUCCUGACCAAAGACCCUAUGAACUUGCCUGGGGCUGUGCAGGCCACGCCACAGCCAACAGACUUCCUGGGCCUUGUUAGGGCCCUGCGCUUGCCCACGGCAGCAACCUGCCCUUCUACCCAGGGGUUGUCGCCAAGAGUGCCUCCCUCUGAGGGCCUCACUGCAGCUGGUGGUGACUGCACCAAUUCCUCCAGGGAUUCCCCCCUAUGCCACCCAAGUCCUGGGCCAGAGCUUGACCCCUUCAAAAAGGCACUGCAACAGCUGCUCCUGUGGUGUGGACAUCGCCCCAUUCUGCAGGGGGGCCAAGGCCCAGGGGGUCUGAAUGCGGCCCACCUGUGACCUCUUCUAGGGCUUGAGUGCCAGCACCCCUGGGAAUCGGAGCAGUGGGACUGCAGAUGGCCGUCCUGGGGCCCUGGGCUGACCAGCGCAGGCAGCAGGCAACAGAGACAGAGCUGUGAGAGCCCUGGUCUUGGGAACUUGGCUCAGGGGGCUCUGCUUGCUGCUGCACCACUGGCAACCCCUAGUCUCAAAGUCAGAAGUGGGACUAGCGGGAAGGAUGGAGCAAUCCCCUGUAGCUGGGCUGAGGAGGGAGGGCUUCCUGGAGGAAGCAGUAGAGGAACUGACUUUUAAAGAUGAUCAAGGGGCGCCUGGGUGGCUCAGUCGGUUGGGCGUCCGACUUCAUCUCAGGUCAUGAUCCUGCGGGUUCAUGGGUUCGAGCCCCACAUCGGGCUCUGUGCUGACAACUCAGAGCCUGGA